AUGGCUGAUAAAUUCCCAGAAAUAGAUUCGACUCCAGGUGAAGAAGUUGAAAUUGAAGGAGAUUUUUUAUCUCGUGAGAAGGAAUUAGUUGGUGAUGAAUUUACCACUGAAGAAGAUCAAAAUAUUUUAAAUAUGGAUAAUGAUGAAGAAGAAGAUGAUGAAAUAAAUGAAUUUAAAGAACAAUUUCCAGAAGUUGAUUCUUCUGAACCUCCAGUAUCACAAGAAAGUGUCAGUAAUAAUCAAAAAGAAGAAGUAGACGUAGAUGAUGAAGAUGAUGAUUUUGAUAAUUUUGAAUCUAAUGGUAUUAAAGAAUUGAACUUGAGUGAAAGUGAACCAAUUAAAGAAUGGAAACAACGUCGUGAUUUAGAAAUUGAAGAAAGAGAAAAGAAGAAUAGUGCUAAAAAACAAGAAAUUUUAGAUAAUGCCAAAUCAACAAUUGAUGAUUUUUAUGAAAAUUAUAAUUUAAAGAAAGAUAAUCAUUCUAAAGAUAUUUUAGCUGAACAAGAUAAAUUUUUAAAUAAAAGAGAUGAUUUCUUGGGAAGAGGUACAUUAUGGGAUAGAGUUAAUGAAUUAAUUGAAGAUGUAGGUGAAUUACCUGAUGGUGAUAGAGAUAAAACUAGAUUUAAAGAAAUAUUAACUAAAUUAAAAGGUAAAGAAAAUGCUCCAGGUGCUGGUGGUUAUCAAGAAUAA